AUGGCUCGAGAUGGCAAUUCCGUCGACGAUGGCAGCAGCUCGGCUCCCGAUCUCCAGAUCCUGGGCGAUGAGAUCACUCUGCAGCCCAGCGGCUUCGUAGAGCCCAGAGGCGUGUCGCAGGAUGACAAAGAGGAGGCUUUGAUGAAUCAAACCCAUUCGUUCCGCAGCGAACCGCUUCAGUUCCUUCGCGAAGUCUCCCUCUACGUUUCCGGCCAAGGAUGGCGAGCCUACGAUCGCGACCGCGUUAUCGGGCAGCCGGUCUUCUAUUCCGGGUUCUCGGAGAACAUGAUUUCCAAUGUCUUGUCGGCGCCUUUGCUGCAGAAACGGAUUGCGCAGCUCGCCGACGAUCGCCUGGCCGUCGAGGAAAAGGAAGGACUUCUGAACAAAGACGGCAAAGAUUACCAAUUGAAGCGUGCGCAGCGACGAAACAUUAUAGAGAGCUCGCUCCUGGAAGUUGCGGAGAAGCUAACGGACAAUAUGAUUUGCAAAAUGGAGAGCAAUACUUUCAUCCGCGGCGCAUACUACCUGUGUAUGCAGCUGGUAACGCGAGCCUACCACCAAGGCAUCCAUGUUUCUAGCGAAGAGGUUUUGCGGCUACGAAAGGUGGCAGACCUGGCCGCCAAGAACAAGCAGAGCAUUGUGUUCCUGCCCAGCCAUAGGUCACACGUUGACUACGUGUCUCUGCAGCUGAUAUGCUACCGCCUUGGCUUGACAUUGCCGGUGGUCGUCGCAGGCGACAAUCUCAACUUUCCGUUGGUGGGAGCUUUCCUACAGCACGCGGGUGCCAUGUGGAUCAGAAGAUCAUUUGGAGAUGAUGCCUUGUAUACAACACUCGUGCAGUCAUAUGUCGAUACACUCCUGCAAGGCGGCUACAAUUUUGAGUGCUUCAUUGAGGGAGGCAGGUCACGUACAGGAAAACUGCUGCCGCCCAAAUUUGGCAUCUUGAGCUUUGUGCUUGAUAGCAUUCUCUCUGGCCGAGUCAAGGACUGCAUCAUUUGCCCCGUCAGCACGCAAUACGACAAAGUCAUCGAGACGGAGGGUUAUGUUACUGAACUGCUUGGUAUGCCAAAGAAGAAGGAAAACCUGGCUGAUCUUCUCUCCAAUGGCCCUUCUGUUCUCUCCUUGAAGCUAGGCAGAGUCGACGUUCGGUUCCAUGAGCCGUGGAGUCUGAGGAAAUUUAUUGACACUCAUCUUGCGAAGUUGUCUAGCAUUCCCCGUGGAUUGGAUACCGAUCAUCAGAACCCCGAAGUGAGGGCGGUCCGAGAAAAGAUUCUACGUGCCUUAGGCUACAAGGUCCUUGGCGAUAUCAACGCAGUAUCGGUCGUGAUGCCUACCGCUCUCAUUGGCACCGUCCUGCUUACUCUACGUGGCCGAGGCGUUGGCAAAGAGGAAUUGAUCCGCCGAGUAGAGUGGCUAACAUGCCGUAUCCGAGCCAAAGGCGGACGAGUUGCGCACUUUGGAAACGCGGCUAUAUCAGAAAUUGUUGACCGAGGAUUGGAAGUCUUGGGCAAAGAUUUGGUCGGAGUAGCGGAAGGACUGGCAGAGCCGACAUAUUAUGCCGUCGACCGUUUCCAGCUCUCCUUCUAUCGUAACAUGACGAUUCAUCUCUUUAUUUACGAGGCUCUCGUCAGCGCAGCAAUGUACACGCGCAUCAAGCGUGGUGGCGGCCCAUCCAACCAAGACAUCCCGUACGCAGAACUGAGGGACCAGGUUCUGUUUUUAUCCUCGCUAUUCCGUGGCGAAUUCAUCUUCUCUGGCGCUGGUCUCGAAGUAAAUUUGGAUAACACCCUGCGUGGCUUGGAAGCCGACCACGUUGUCCGCUUGGAUAGAGACGAGAAUGGGAACCUUACAACCAUUGGGUUGUCGGAUGAAGAGCGCAAGGCCGGGCGAGAGAACUACGAUUUCUACUGCUUCCUCAUUUGGCCUUUUAUCGAGGCUAGUUGGUUGGCGGCGGUGUCGUUGAUGGGACUUACUCCUCCAAAAGGCAAAAAUGGGGAUAUAUGGAUUGGAGAAGCAAAAGCCCAGAACAAUGCACAGCUGCUCGGUAAAACUCUCUACCACCAAGGAGAUCUCUCAUACUUUGAAGCCGUCAACAAAGAAACGCUCAAGAAUUCAUACAUGCGUUUCCAACAAGAGCAGAUUAUCAACGUCGUCAAGUCCAAAGACGCCAAGAUCCCUCCCCGCCUCCAGCUCGAUCCCUCAUGGCGCCCUUCUCGCGACCCCGAAACGGGAGCUCUCUUGGCCGAUGGGAAGCUGUGGGAUUUCACAGAGAAGAUUGCAAGCUCGCGGCGAGAGGGCAAGAAUCGUCGAGACGGAGCGACAGUUAGCAGCCGCGUGCUUCGCUUGACGGAUGAGCUUGGCAGUAGGCUGUUUGCUGAGGCUGAGGAGGCUGAGAAGAAGGGCGGAAAGGGAGUGCCGAGCCGGUUGAGCAAGGAAGAGCAGGAGGCGCUGGAUCACAAUGUGAAGAAUGCGCGGAGGAAGAGAAAGCUGGAGGGAAGGGCACAUUUGUAA